UCCUGGUGGUUGCGCUGUGGAAACACAAUUAAUUGAACUGCGCAUGCUCCCCAUUUACAGUUGUUUUUGAACGUAAUGCCCAUGCUGGUUUCAAGAGCUCCUGCAUUGAUUUGACUCACGCACAUUUUUCUUUGCAGUUUCUAUCAAACGGAUCUUUUCAGACCCAAUUUCAUUAUUAUUUUCAUUUUUCUGACAUAAUGGCUUAUCGCUACUGCAGAUUUAAAGGCUGUAAUAGAAAGAUUGAAUCAAAAAGUGAUGGAAUACAUUUCUACAGAUUUCCCAAGGAAGAACAAAGAUGUCAAGCUUGGGUCAAGGCUUCGCAGAAUGAAAAGCUUGUGGGUGUUCCUGCCUCUGACCUACACAAAAGAGCCUAUCUAUGUAUGGUACAUUUUGAAGACUGGUGCUUCGUUAAUAUCACUACUAAACAUCGUUUAGUACACAAUGCAGUACCAUGUUCUACAAAACUCCAGGUGACAAAGGGUUUGGUUCCAGAUAAAGUGCCUGAGUUAAGUCACAUGACAGUGCCAAAUUCUGUGACAAAUGGUUCAGUUCGAGAUAAAAUGCCCGAGAUAAAUCAUAUCACAGUGCCAAGUUCUGAACAUCAUCAGUCAGAUUUUCAACAGGAAUUAAUAUCCAAUGUUCAAGGACCCAAUAAUCUUUAUCAAAAUGUCUGCUCCACUGAACUUUCAACUUGUAACGCAUCUUUAAUGUCUCUCAUUCCACAGCAGUCAUUUUCAACACCAGUGAGCUGUAGCACACACCGAAGUCACAUUAUUCUGGGAAAAAAAAUACACACCCAGAAAAUCACAAUUGUCAAAAAAAGUUAA